GCCUCUGGAGGACUUUAAGACGAGAUAAAGUUAUCAGUUGAGACUAAGGUAAAGAAGAAAUAUCAUGUGUGUAUCUCGGCUGGUUUUGCUGCUGGGGUUGCUUCUAUGUGUGGGGGCUCAACUGUCCAACGCCCAGCACUGGUCCCAUGGUUGGUAUCCAGGAGGCAAGAGGGAGCUGGACUCUUUUGGCACACCAGAGAUUUCAGAGGAGAUCAAACUGUGCGAGGCAGGGGAAUGCAGCUACUUGAGACCCCAGAGGAGGAGUUUUCUGAGAAACAUUAUUUUGGAUGCCUUAGCCAGAGAGCUUCAGAAGAGAAAGUGACAGCUUUCCAUCCAUCACUGCUUUUCUACUGAGUGACCUGGCCCACCACUUCAGUCUUGACUUGUAACAGCUUUAUGUUGAUCUCUCAUAUUUAUUAUAUUUGUCAGUAAAUUUGUACUAAAUUUGUGUCGGAUUCUCCCUGUGGAAAACAAAUGUUGAAAAUAUGUCCCAUAAUAAAGUAGUCUAUUUUGAUAUU